AUGACGUGUACGAGUGUUGAACUGAGCGGAUCUGCACUCGAAACAGGAAGUCUCGAGGUGUUGUCUUCUAAUCAUAAUAUUGUUUUAUUGCAGGAGAUUUUAACUGUAUUGUAAUUACAUUUUUGAGCCUUCUAGAAGUAGCACUCGUAAAAUUCCGUAUUAUUAUUCAGCUCCAGUUCAUCACAGCAACAUGGAGACAUUAUAUCAUCAGACCAAUAAACAAAUUCACGAUGUGCAAACGAGCAUGGGGCGCCUGGAGAUGGCAGAUCGGGAUUCAGUCCAUUUGUUGGAAAAUGAGCUGCAGGCCAGAAUUGACUCGAUCUUCAGCCACCUGGAGAGACUAGAAAUGUUGGCCAGCAAGGAACCACCAAACCGACGUCAAAAUGCCAAACUGCGCGUCGACCAGUUGAAAUAUGACGUCCAGCAUCUUCAAACUGGCCUUCGUAACUUCCAGCACAGACGGUACGCCCGGGAGGCCCAGGAGCGAGAGCGGGAAGAGCUGAUGGCUCGCACCUUCACCACCAAUGAUGCAGACACAUCCAUUCCCAUCGACGAGACGCUUCAGUUCAACUCCAGUCUGCACAACGCGCACAGAGGCAUGGACGAAUUGCUGGGUAGCGGCAGCAGCAUCCUUGAUGGCCUGAGAGACCAGCGGGGCACACUGAAGGGCACUCACAAGAAGAUGCUAGAUGUGGCUAACAUGCUCGGGCUGUCCAACACAGUUAUGCGCCUCAUUGAGAAGAGGGCGUUCCAAGACAAAUUCAUUAUGAUCGGUGGCAUGCUUGUAACUUGUGUAGUCAUGUUCCUGGCGGUCAAAUAUCUCAGUUGAGGAUCUGACACCACAACUCGUUGCACACUCUCUCUUUCUCUGUGUCUCCCUCCUUCAGUGUCUUCUACGAUUUAUCUCUGACAGUGGAGCGGUAGUGAGGUGAACGUGAAGGUACUGACCCGUUUUCUGCGUGCUCUUGCCUGCAGUUUGUGGUGUUUCGGGUACCGACCCAACAUCACGAAGGGCAAGCGAAAGACGAGUUAGAGUGGAACCACCAGCUAAUCUGGGAUUUCCAGAACUCAUCAGACAUCCUGUAAAUCACCCUGGACUGUGGAUAUAGUAGCCGAAGCUUUUCUGUUCAGAGACGAAUCAUUUACGUGCAGAUGGACCCGUGCUUGUGGCUCAUUUUAAACAAAUGUGAACUUACACAAGUUUUUUUUUUUUUUUUUUUU